UGAUGCCAGUCGACUGGAGGUUUGAUGCGGAGAUGUCGUCCUCGGUGACCAGCUUAAAGCUCCCCGUCCUGCGAGCUACUUCAACAUAAAACUUUUUGAAUCUCGCUGCGGUGUAGCCUUUUUUGCCUUUUGAUGAAACCAGACGUUUUCCAUCGCGUCUUGUUUCAUUUUCUCCUUAAAACUAGGCCAGGCUAAACCUGUCGCGCUGUAUAUCCCCCCCCCCACUUCUCUCCUUUAGAUUUUCCCCCUCUCUCUGCUGAAGACAACAAUUCUGGUGUUUAAGGGAACAUUAAGAAGAAAAACACUCACUUUUCUGGACUUUUUUCUUCCUUUCUUCUCCAGAAGAUGCGGAAUAACCUGUAAGGCGAUUGAAACUAAUCUCUGCAACUAUCAGACCCUGCGUUGAUGUCCCCUGGUUGCGGCGUCUGGCUGCCCGGUCAUUGGGCUGAGGGGCAGAUUUUUGUGGUCAAGUCGUGUGGAGCACAAAGAGCUUUUUAAUGCCGAGCAGUCAAGUUUUUCACCGUGUGUUGACAGAGGGACUGAGGUAGGAGUAGAGUUACAACGCUGGGGUUUGCUUUAAGACCUACACUGCAACACAAAGUUAGUCAACUUUUCAGUUACUAAUAAAGUAACUACGUCCAGAAAGGUUUUUUACCAGCUUCCUUUGGUCCAGGGUUUAUAAAAAUCAUCACCGUCUGAUGAUUUUUUUCAAUCAGGAGGCCGAUUUAAAUGCAGACUGGUUUGCGAUCACAGCCGAUCUGCCAGUGCCGCUGGGAUUUUAACCCACGUCCAUUCAUUUUUGACCACCCGGCUUCAACACUAUGGAGGUGAUAUUAAGGAACAUGCUGCUGCUGCUGCUGCUGCUGGGAUGCAUCUUAUUCCUGGACUUGGCUCGUCUGGCUGAUGCAGAAGAAGAGGUCCUGAUGAACACCAAGAGCGAGACGUCGGAUCUCAAAUGGACCAUCUUCUCCCAAGACAAAUCCGAGUCUCAGUGGGAGGAAGUGAGCGGUUUGGAUGAGGAGAACAACAGCGUGAGGACCUUUCAGAUCUGCCAGCUGGAAAGCUCGUCCAGCCAGUGGCUGCGCAGCGGCUUCAUCCAACGACGAAGCGCCUCUCAGGUUUACGUGGAGCUGCGUUUCACCAUGAUGGAGUGUUCGUCCAGGAGCACGCACCACCGCAGCUGUAAAGAGACUUUUAACCUUUACUACUACCAGGCGGACUCCAACGAGGCCACGGCCACGUACCCACCCUGGAUGGAGAACCCUUACACUAAGGUGGACACAGUGGCUGCAGACUUUCUCCUGAGGAAGGGUGGGGAGCGGAAAUUCAAUGUGAAGACCCUGAGGCUGGGCCCGCUAACCAAGAGGGGUUUCUACUUGGCCUUUCAGUCUCAGGGUGCCUGCAUGGCUCUGCUCUCUGUCAGGGUGUUCUUCAAGAAGUGUCCUCCCCUCGUCAGCGUGCUCUCAUCUUUCCCGGAGACAGUCCCCCGUUAUUUAGUGCAGGAGGCGCAGGGUUCGUGCGUGGAGCACGCCUCCCUGCAGGGGCCCCGACCCCGACCCCCUAAGCUGUUCUGCGGCGAAGACGGCCAGUGGGUGGGGCAGCCGACAACUUCCUGCGCUUGUCUACCUGGAUUUGAGCCGGUGGAGAUGCAGACCCGCUGCGCAGCCUGUCCCGUGGGUCAGUUCAAGUCGGGCACAGAGGGACGCUGCAGAGACUGUCCAGAAUACAGCCAGGCCCCCAUCAGGGGGUCGGCGACGUGUGCGUGUCGCUCCGGAUACCUACGUGCGGAGUCCGACCCUGCAGAAAGCCCUUGCUCCAAGCCUCCGUCGGCUCCUCGCAGCGUCAUCCCCCAGAUCAACGACACCACGCUCACGCUGGAGUGGAACGAGCCUCUGGACAGAGGCUACAGAGAGGACUUGAGCUACUCCAUCAGGUGCUCUGUAUGCAGGUCACCCAGGGGAACCUGUCUCCCCUGCGGAGACAACGUCAGCUACCGUCCGGCUCACGAAGGCCUGCAGGGUCGCAGGGUGGAGGUGUGGGGUCUGCUGCCUCACACAACGUACACCUUCACCGUCCUGGCGCUCAACGGGGUGUCUCCGCUCAGCACCAAGGAGCCUGCUGGUGAAAGCAUCAAUAUCACCACCAACCAUGAAGUGCCAUCGCUUGUGUCUGCGAUUCGGAAGAGUGACUCCACAGAGAGCAGCCUGACUCUGCAGUGGUCGGUCCCAGAUCAGCCGCACUACAACGUGCUGAUGUAUCAGCUGCGCUACUGCGAGAAGGAGAGACGCAGUGAAAAUCCGUGCUCAUACACAGAGACGAAGAGAAACCAGGCUGUGCUAACAGACCUCCGCAGGGCCACUCAGUAUGAAGUGCAGGUUCGGGCGCGCACCCAGGCUGGGUACGGCAGCUUCAGUCCUGCAAUCGUCUUCCGCACCCUACCUGAUGGAUAUGACUCUGCCUCCCAGUUCUUGGUGCCUGGCAUCCUUAUCGCAGUCGGGAUGCUGCUGCUAGUCAUUUUUGUCGUCUUAGCCGUCUUCUGCCUACGCCGACACAGCCGAGUUAAAGAUCCCGAGCUGAGCGACAAAAACAGCCAGUACCUCAUUGGCCAAGGGGUCAAGGUUUACAUCGACCCUUUCACCUACGAGGACCCUAAUGAGGCGGUGCGAGAGUUUGCCAAGGAAAUCGAUGUUUCCUUUGUCAAGAUAGAGGAGGUUAUCGGCGCCGGCGAGUUUGGGGAGGUGUGUCGAGGACGGCUGAAAAUCCCAGGGAAGAAAGAAAACUACGUGGCGAUCAAGACCCUCAAAGGCGGCUACACCGAGAAGCAGAGGAGGGACUUCCUGUCCGAGGCGUCCAUCAUGGGGCAGUUCCAGCACCCCAACAUCAUCCACCUGGAGGGCAUCAUAACAGCCAGCUGUCCAGUGAUGAUCCUCACCGAGUUCAUGGAGAACGGCGCGCUGGACUCCUUCCUGCGGCUCAACGACAGCCAGUUCACUCCCAUUCAGCUAGUGGGGAUGCUGCGCGGCAUCGCCUCGGGCAUGAAGUACCUGGCAGAGAUGAGCUACGUCCACAGAGACUUGGCUGCCCGCAACAUCCUGAUCAACAGCAACCUGGUGUGCAAGGUGUCCGACUUUGGCUUGUCACGCUUCCUGCAGGAGAACUCCUCCGACCCGACUUACACCAGCUCUCUGGGAGGCAAGAUUCCCAUCCGCUGGACAGCACCUGAGGCGAUAGCCUUCAGAAAGUUUACCUCUGCCUCAGACGUGUGGAGCUACGGCAUUGUUAUGUGGGAGGUCAUGUCUUUUGGAGAGAGACCGUACUGGGACAUGAGUAACCAGGAUGUAAUCAAUGCCAUCGAGCAAGACUACCGGCUGCCCCCGCCGCCCGACUGCCCCUCCCACCUGCACCAGCUCAUGCUGGACUGCUGGCAGAAGGACCGCUCCGCGCGUCCCCGCUUCGCAGACCUCGUCAGCGCUCUGGACAAACUCAUCCGCAACCCGGCCUCGCUGAAAAUAGUCGCUCAAGAAGCAGGAGGGCCGUCCUACCCCCUGCUGGACCAGCGCGCACCUUUGGCUCUCUCGCCGUGUUCUUCAGUCGGCGAUUGGCUGAGGGCUAUCAAGAUGGAGCGCUAUGAGGACAGCUUCCUGCAGGCUGGCUUCAACUCAGUAGAUCAGCUGGCCCAAAUCACUGCACAGGAUCUGCUGCACAUGGGUGUGACUUUAGCUGGACAUCAGAGGAAAAUCCUCUCUAGCAUUCAGACAAUGACCUUGCAAAACAAGAGCACGGCGACUGUGACAUUCUAGCUGCUCUGCCCUUCUUCAUCCUGGACGUGAACACAGCGCACAGGUGUGUGCCGCCGUGUCCUAGAGCACUCUGGAUCCUUUCCUGUGACCCACUUUGAACACAAACUGAGGAAGGAGGAAGAUUGUAUUCACAACCAGGGAAAAGAACAAAAAUGAAGAGAAAAAAAUAGCAGAUAAAGAUGACUGGUGAGACUCGAACCAGUCACCUGGAGUAACCAGGUGGUAAAGUCAUCUAGACUUUCUGUCAGAUUUUUAAAAGUUUGCAGUCAGUAUUUUUUACAUCUAGCAAGUAUAGAACCAAGUGCAUCUGCCAAACCACGAUGAGUGACAAAUCAGUGUUUACACAGUUUCUAAAGUUUCAUUCUCAAAGUGUCGUUUACUUAUAUUGUCCCCCCCUCUCCUCCCUCCCCAAAAGGUUCUGCUUUUAACCAAAGGAGACAAAAAAAAAUGCUAAUCUAAAAGUUAUCCUUUGUUUCCAGUUUGCUUUUAUGAUUAGGAAUGAGAAUUUUUUUGUUUGAUUCUGGCUGUCUUUUUAUUAAUCCUUCUGGAUCACCUUUCAUGUCAGUACUGCACAGUCUAAUUACGGGAAUAGUUUGCUUCCAUUAUAUUUCAGAACGACCUCGUCUUUACUCAGGUGUGAUGUGUAAUACAGACUUCAAGGAACGCUGUACAUGCCCCUAAUCAGAAGCCUCAUCUUCCUCAAGUCUGGCUCCCCCUUCGCCUGCUACAAAAAAAUACAAGAGGAAAAAUGAGGCACAAAAGAGACAUUUCAGCACUUUUGUCAUUUCAGAGUGAUUUGUAAUCUUGUGCGAUUUGAUGCGUUUAUCCUGAGCUGUGUUUCUGUUGGAUGUUUUCUGCUGGCAGCUCAUUUUUGUUCUAAUAAGCCAGAACAAGGACCAAGUGGACUCAAGAGACCAGAGAACACUGUAGAAUUGGAUUUUCCAUGUUAUCUGGCCUCCAAACAUGCUUUUAAUCGAUAUUAGUGAUAAUGUACAUUUUUAAUACUCUUAUUCUGUAUUCUCCGUCAUCUCCCAGUGCCAUUUAUAUGUCUAUAUGUGGUCUUAAAUGACUGUUUUAUAAAGCAGAUAUCUUUCCUGUGGGA